AUGCCCUCAGCUCUACUCAUCGGUGCGAUCACGCACGCUAGAAAGGAAUGGGAAGAUCUCUCGUCCAUCCUGACUCUUAAGGAAUUUCCCGAAGGCACCAGAGACGAGUUCAUCCGGAAUUGCAAAGAAGGCCAGUACGACGAUGUGGUAGUGAUUUACCGAUCCAAUGCGUCUACCAAGUUCACUGGUCCAUUCGACGCAGAGUUGCUCUCGGUCCUUCCCAAGUCAUUAAAGUAUAUCUGCCACAAUGGAGCUGGCUAUGACAACAUUGACAUCCCGGCCUGUUCAGAGAAGGGAAUUGCUGUCUCCAGUACCCCAGUCGCUGUUAACCACGCAACAGCCGACGUAGGCAUCUUCCUCAUGAUUGGCGCUUUGCGCCAAGCUUAUAUCCCCUUAUCAGCUCUCCGCGCUGGUCAAUGGCAGGGAAAGACUACGCUUGGGCACGACCCUCAGGGCAAGGUGCUUGGUAUUCUCGGGAUGGGAGGAAUCGGAAGGGAAAUGGCCAAUCGUGCACGAGCUUUCGGAAUGAAGAUACAAUACCACAACAGGUCGAGACUCUCACCAGAGCUUGAGGGGGAUGCGCAGUAUGUCUCGUUUGAUGAGUUGCUAGCGAAUGCGGAUGUCCUCAGCCUGAACCUCGCCCUUAAUGCCAAGACUCGCCAUAUCAUUGGCGAGAAGGAGUUCCAGAAGAUGAAAGACGGUGUGGUCAUUGUGAACACGGCUCGUGGUGCUUUGAUUGACGAAAAGGCUCUGGUCGCCGCUUUGGAUUCCGGCAAGGUCAUGUCCGCUGGUUUGGACGUGUAUGAGAACGAGCCCGAGAUAGAACCUGGACUUGUAAAUAACCCCCGCGUGAUGCUGCUACCACAUAUUGGAACCGCGACCUAUGAGACACAGAAGGAAAUGGAGCUGUUGGUCUUGAACAACUUGCGCUCGGCGGUGGAGAAGGGCGAGAUGAUCACAUUGGUGCCGGAGCAGAAGGAUAUUUUCAAGGGGCAGAAUGGAAGUGUUAGGGCUCGCUUAGGGCGUGCGGGCGCCAAGAGCGAAAAAGCGCACCACAACGAGCGAGCUUCGCGAUCUCAAGAUUCCAGCGGCCGACCAAAGCAAAGCGACAAAACUUCUCAUCCGACAUCGAGGACCACCCCGCUCGGCAACCGCAUCAAGAUGGUCCGUUACGCUGCUCAGGACAUUCCGGCCGCAAAGAGCGCCCGCGCCCGGGGCUCUUACCUGCGUGUCAGCUUCAAGAACACCCGUGAGACCGCUCAGGCCAUCAACGGCAUGAAGUUGCAGCGCGCCCUUACCUUCCUCGAGAACGUCAAGACCAAGACCGAGGUUGUUCCCUUCCGGCGGUACGCUGGCAGCAUUGGUCGCACCGCUCAGGGCAAGCAGUGGGGUGUCAGCAAGGCUCGCUGGCCCGUCAAGUCCGCUCAGUUCCUCCUCGACCUCCUGAAGAACGCUGAGGCCAACGCCGACACCAAGGGUCUCGACACUGGCAACCUUGUUGUCAAGCACAUCCAGGUCAACCAGGCUCCCAAGGGCCGGAGACGCACCUACCGUGCUCACGGUCGUAUCAACCCCUACAUGACCAACCCCUGCCACAUCGAGCUCAUCCUUACCGAGGGUGAGGAGACUGUCCAGAAGGCGUCCGUUGUCAAGCGCGAGGCCCACCUCAGCUCCCGCCAGCGUGGUACUCAGAUCCGCCGUGCCCUCAUCGAGGCGUAA